UUCUCAGGGUUCUGAGUAAGGUGCCAUCUCUCGACUUCUUUUGCCAAGGGGGAGGAAGAUCCUUGGGGACAGGAUUCCUGGGUUUGGCUGGUGGGCCAGGUUCGCUUGCAUAGGUGUGUGGGCCUCUGGGACUAGAAGAUGUGCGGCUGCCCAGAAGUCUGGGCUGUAGUCCCACUGGAGGAGCCCUUUGUCUAGGAAGGGCCUGUCUGCACAAGGGGUGGGGGCUUAGGGUGCCUGGGGCCCGCCCCUUAGGCCCCUCCCUAAUACUUGUGGUCCGCCCUGUGGUCUGUGGUCGGACAGCCAGCCCCAGUCCCCACACAUCUGACCGUCUUACGGCCCCGAGCACAUCAGGGCACAUCUGGGCAGCUGGCGCUGAAGCAUGAAUGCCUCGCAGGGACACACGGCUGGAGCCGCCUGGCUGAGCUGCUGCAACCAGUCGGGGGUGCAGCCGGAGGUCCCAGAAGGGCCGCUCCCGGUGCAGGCAGUGGUGCUGGGCGUGCUGGCGCUGCUCGUGCUCUGCGGGGUCCUGUUCCUGGGAGGCGACCUCCUCCUCCGGGCCCAGGGCCUGACUGCUCUGCCGGCCCGUGAGCUGCACGCAUCCCCGGAGGCUGAGCCCGGCAGCGAGGACUCCUAGGCACCCGGCUGCACCUCCAGGGCUGUGACUGUCCGGCCGCCCUCAAACUCCGCGGGGGACUGCGAGGAAGCUGCCGCGGGUGCUGGUGUCUCCAGGCUCGAGCCAAGGCCCCUCGGAGGAGCCAAGGCUGGGCUUCCUUCCCUUGAGGCCCACGGGCUGCAUAGAGGCAGUGUCCCGGCUUCCUUCUGAGAAAGGAGUUCAUGCAUGUGAGGAGGGGCUGGGAGUUUGCCCUCAGCCUGCUGGAC